CACAAAUUAGAAACGAAGAGAAUACAAGAACCAAAAUUUUGGGUUCCACCCUUAACCUUCGAAUCUCCUCGAAGGGGCGGAGCGAAUCGAGAGCAAAAGCCCGAAGAGAAAAUACAGAGGGAAAAGAUGCAAGGGGCCGAGGAUUUAAGCAUCGAAGAUCUAGCUUCCAAUGUCUCCACAUACAAAGAUCAGCUACGCGAGGUCAGAAAACUUUUGGCUGAUGACCCUGGAAACUCUGAAUAUGCAGAUAUGGAAAAGGAGCUUGAAGAGGUUAUUGCACUGACAGAGGAACUCUUGGUGACUGCAAAGCCAGCAGAUGCUAACCAGCUUGAUACAGAUGCAUCUCCCCAGGAUCAGUUUGGUGGAGCAUCUCAGUCGAAGGCAUCAUAUGAACAUUCUCAGCUGUAUGGAUUUUCUUCUGGUACUAAAGUUCAAGCGGUUUGGAGUGAGGAUGGGGAAUGGUAUGAUGCCACAAUCGAGGCUAUUACUCCUAAUGGGUAUUAUGUCUGCUAUGAUGACUGGGGAAACAAGGAGGAGGUGGAUCCUGCUAAUGUUCGGCCAGUUGAAGAGGGUGAUGCAUUGUUAGAAGCUGAAAGAGAAGCUGAGGCUACCCGACAAGCCAUCAAAAGGAAAAUUGCACAAGCUGCUACAACCGACUUCCAAGCACGUACCUUACCUGCCAAACUUCGUAUUGAUCCCAAUGAUCCUGAUGACGUGAAAGCUUCUAAGCGCAAGAAGAUACAUGCUUUCAAGUCAAAGGUUCGCAGUGAACAACUAGAAGUUGCACAAAAUAAGCGGCAGAAUGCAUGGCAGCAAUUCCAAUCCACCAAGGGAAAAACUAAGAAGAUUGGAUUCUUCUCCGGUCGUAAACGAGAAAGUAUCUUCAAGUCCCCAGAUGAUCCUAGGGGCAAGGUUGGUGUUACUGGCAGUGGAAAGGGACUGACAGAGUUCCAGAAGAGGGAGAAGCACUUGCACCUCAAGGGAGGUUCGGUGGAUGCAGAGGACUAAGUUUGUGGACUGUUUAGAUUGAUACUCCUUCCUACCCUCAGCUAAAACAGGGUCUCAUGACUCGAUGAGGAUUCACAUGUAGUCUUUUCCAAGUGCACUUGAUGCUUUGUUUCUCGACAUCAUUUUAAUUAGUUGGAUACGCAGCAGUGCCUUCUUAUAACCUAUGGACGCAUAAUUAAAUUUGCAUGUAGAUACUCUGGAGAGCGAGGGGUUAAAAUUUUUCCUGGUUCGGUUCGGACCGAUCGGUAUUAUGGUUCAACCGGAUGUGAACCGGGACAUUGAUCAUCCCAUUUUGGAUGGUUUGGGCUGGCUUUUUUGUUAUCCCUAAGAUGUCAGAUCUGUGUUAUUCUUUAA